AUGGAGGAAGAUCCUAGACAGAAGUUUAAAGAGAAAGCUAUCAAUGAAUUAUCAAGGCUUGGAUUCACUGGGACUGAAAUCAUGAAUGCUACUAGCAUAUUUGCCAAAGCUCCAGAAGAAAUGCAUAUGAUGCUUGCACUCCCACAGAAUCUGAGGAGGGGGUAUGUUAAGAAAACGCUUGGUAAGUUAAAUUCAUGCACUAUUACCUUGUUCUGA